AUGGCGUCAAAAUGUCCCUGUAAUUUAGGAGAUUCUGGUAUACGUCUUACCUCUUCCAGUGUGAUCGAAUACAGCAGGACUUGUGUUCCGGAAAUACUCGAAAGACAAAGAUGUGACGAGACGUUCCUUCUUGAGCAUUUCUUUAAGGACAUCAACGCCGACUGUGGAACAUCGAAGCCAGUCUGCUUGGAGUGCAAUCAAAAAGCAAUAUCAGAUGCGGAAGAUGUGUGCUUGAGGAAAUACGAACAGGAACACGGCAUCAUUUCUAGAGGGCUGAUGUCCGGCAACGACAAACGACUGUGCUGCAUGUUGGACUACAAGAAGAAUUGUGUUCCAGACCAAUUAAAACCAAAAGGUUGUGGUGAACAACUUCUUCAAAAUUAUGUUGCAAAGAUGCAGAGCGAAAUGAGAUACCAAUGUGCAGCAUCGAACUCGAUGUGUACCGUUUGCCCACAAGGAUUAUUAGACAGUGCAAAGAGUACCUGCUACAACAAUUAUCAAAACGAUCAAACUGCAUCCAAACUCCAUUGUUGUGUGAUCGAAUACAGCAGGACUUGUGUUCCGGAAAUACUCGCAAGACCAGGAUGCGAUGAAACGUUUCUUCUUGACCAGUUCUUUAAGGACAUCAACGCCGACUGUGGAACAUCGAAGCCAGUCUGCUUGGAGUGCAAUCAAAAAGCAAUAUCAGAUGCGGAAGAUGUGUGCUUGAGGAAAUACGAACAGGAACACGGCAUCAUUUCUAGAGGCCUGAUGUCCGGCAACGACAAACGACUGUGCUGCAUGUUGGACUACAAGAAGAAUUGUGUUCCAGACCAAUUAAAACCAAAAGGUUGUGGUGAACAACUUCUUCAAAAUUAUGUUGCAAAGAUGCAGAGUGAAAUGAGAUACCAAUGUGCAGCAUCGAACUCGAUGUGUGCCAUCUGUCCUACAGGAUUACUAGACAGUGCAAAGAAUACGUGCAACAGCAAUUAUCAGAAGUUGCAAGACUCAUCCAAACUGCAUUGUUGUGUUAUGGAAUACAGCAAGACUUGUGUUCCGGAAAUACUCGAAAGACAAAGAUGCGAUGAGACGUUUCUUCUUGAGCGGUUCUUCAAGGACAUCAACGCUGACUGUGGAACAUCGAAGCCAGUCUGCGACGUUGCAUCAAAGUGCCCGAACAAAACGUUAUCACUUGCACAGACUGUCUGCGAAGAAACCUUUAUGAGGGAACACGGCCUCGUCCUUCCCCCCGAAUAUGUGAACAAAGAGGCGAACAAAUGGUACUGCUGUAUGAUGCAGUACAGCCAGAAUUGUCUUCAGGACACGCUGAAACAACAAGGAUGCGAUUCCGAAGACUUUUUUCAGGGGUUCACUCGGAAAGUUGAGACUCAAUGUGGCACGUCCAAGUCGUUCUGCUCUGCUCAGUGUAAUAACAACACGUUAUCCCAUGCCCAGUUUGCGUGCAGCGAGAGAUAUAUGCAGAUCCAUGUGCUGAAUCCUGAAAAACCGGGACAAUUGAGCCCGGAUGCUCAGAAACGUUACUGCUGUAUGAUGGAAUACAGCAAGACUUGUCUACCGGAACUACUCAAACAACAAGGAUGUGACGACACAGGUUUUGUUCAGCUCUUCAUCCAACGAAUAAAUAGAAAAUGUGGAACAUUUAAAUUGGACUGCGUCCCUGUACCGAAGUGCGACCCAAAAGCAGUAUCCAAUGCAGAGAAUGAUUGCGCCACAAAAUACAAGCAGUUGUACGGCCUUACUACGCGAAAACCUGAUGAGAAGCAAAAGCCGGCAGGUCUGAGCCCCGAGAUUGACAAGCAGCGGUGCUGUUCCAUGGAAUACAGCAAGAAUUGCGUUACGGAAGUACUAAAGGACAAACGAUGCGGUGAUGAAUUCAGCGCAUCUUUUCUUGAGCAGAAGACGAAGAUAAUGGCAAAUCUGUGUGGUACGUCGAAAUUGGACUGUGAAUUUGACAAAAGCAAGAGUGCUGGGUGCAUGAACUAUCCAGCAUGGACUCUGGCAGCAGCCGUCAUUGUGGCUUCAGUGAUGAAGGCCAACUGA